AUGCGCCAGUGUAAACUUCUUUUGCUUUUCUUGCUUAGCAUUUCAGUACUUCUCAGUAUAUCCAAGGAUGCCUUAUGUGAUGCAACAAAUACUACGACUCCUGUGAAUGAAGUUGUCAAUGAACUUCGUACAAAUUAUCGCCAGUUUGAGUCAGCAGUGACAACCGCCUACACACAGGAUGCCGAUACCUUUCUUCUCCAACGUCUAGGAGAUGAUAUUGAAACAUUUGCUUCCAUAGUCGAUACUCAAGAGAGUAUUUUCAAUGAAAAUUCAGAGUGGCAGAUGCUUCGGACGAACCUUCAAGCCAUGCUUGCUGAUGUACGGACCAUAGAAUUUCUGGAGUGGGCAUAUACUCAACGCACUACAAGCGGGAUAGCCGAAUAUCUUGGAGUUGCUCGUCAAACUGUACGACAAGCUUUGUUGGAUUAUGGGAUUGCGCAGCCUGGCAUUAAUCCAUUUCCACCAAGUGAAGUUCAUUCAGAGCACACCGACUCAGAGAAUGAUCCAGUCCUCGACCAGGAUGGAAUGCUACCACAAGAGUUGCCUGACGAUGUGCGGGAUGCAGCUGCCUUGAUUGCUUCCUCCUCCUCUUCCUCUAGUUACCUUUCAAACUUGUCAGACGAAGAUUUAGAUAGGGUGGUGAAAGCAUUGCGUUCACAUUAUGCGAGGGCUGGAAUCCGUAUGCUUCAAGGAAUGUUGCGCCGUCUCGGUCACAUUGUACCUUAUGAGCGUGUUCGACUAUCUCUUAUCCGAAUCGAUCCUAUACAUCGAGUAUUUGACCGUAUCCGUAUACGGCGGCGUCAAUAUGAAGUGCCAGGCCCCAACUCGUUGUGGCACCAUGAUGGGCACCAUCGUAAUUCAGUUCAUAACGUCAGAAUUGAGCGUUUAUGGGUUGAUGUAUCACAUUAUGUCUCCCAGCAUUGGCAUGAUGCCUUUACAGCCCUUGAAGUUCACCACGACCUUGACGUUCAAAAUAUUAACCAUAUUUGGCUCAUUCACCACCUUUUUCUUCGCCAAAUCAAUGAUUCUCUUGCGUUCUGGGCCGAGUCCUGGAAUAGCCAUCGGGUCCGCGAGAAUAAUGGUCCAAGUCGCUCUCCAGAAGAUAGAUUUGGCUUUGAUAUGUUUGUUCAAGGCUUCCGAGGUGAGGCAUUGGAUCAGUUUGCAAUGUCGGAUGAAGAGCUAGAGGUUUUUGGGAUUGAUUGGGAGGGUUUGGAGGAUGAAGUCUUGUUGCGUUCACUUCGCAAGAAUUAUGCUCAUGAAGAUGGUACGAGCACAUGGCUGGGACGACAUGGACCACCUCCUAAUUUGAACGAGGUCGUUGUUGACCCUCCUUCCGACUUGUUGACGUCUGAGCAGCUAGAUGCGCUUAACAUGGCUCUAAGACAUAUCCCUCGAGGUUCAGAACUUGGACAAAUUGUAGAUCUAUGGACUAAUGCUUUGGCAUAUGUACGGACCAUAUAUCCAGGUUAUUUCUAG